GCUGUGCUGAAAGAAAUGAUAAGAUCUGAUUUAUUCUCUUUUUGUGUGCCUUUCUAGAGUGGUCUCACCAGCCUGAAGAUGACAACACUAAUCUUCUUAGAUAAAGAGAAUGGUGAAGUUGGCGCUGCUAAGAAUCAAUUAAGACACCCUUCAGGAUCAUCAAAAGUCUUAUCUGAAAGAACUCAAGUCAGUACACCACUUCCUAAAAAAUCAAUUAAAAUAUCUCCAGCCACAUCGCACUCUGUCAGAAAGGCUCUUGGAAAUGUGAAUAGGACUGUAGGAGUCACAAGCAAGAAAGAGCAGAUGAGACAGAGAAAUCAACCUUGCACUGUAAAGAAGGUUGCUGAAAAGACUGCUGGAUUAGAGAGCCAGGACGUGAUGCUUGAAGAACCCUUCCCUGAAAUAGAAAAAAUAUUUUCCUAUGAUCCUGGAGACUUUGAGAAUUUUGAUCUUCCUGAAGAGUACAGAGUAUGCGAUAUCAACCUGUAUGGUGCUCCUCUCAUGGUAUUUACAAGCACCUCUGAAAAACCUCUCGACAUGGUUCCUUCAUCUGUGAAGACUGAAGAGAUGUCAUGGGAGUCUAACUUGCUACAAUCAACUACUGACUUCAUUUCUACACUGGAUGAGAUCAUUGAUAUGACACCUAUGAACCUAUGAGCUUUAAAAGCAUAUUCUGAAGUUUGAGUUCUAUACUUUUAAUUAUACUUUUAAUAAAGGCUAGUUGAAUGUGUGUAA